AUGGCUGAGUUAUGGGGUCUCUUUGAAGGCAUCAAACUUGCUAGCAUGUUAGGUUUUAAAAAGGUCGAGGUUAAUGUGGAUUCCAACUUGGUAGUAAAUGCUGUUGAGAGAGGUGGUGCUUAUAUGAGGGAAAGUUUGGCCAUCAUUAGGCAAAUUCAGAGGAUGACUUUUUUUAAGGAAGUUCGGUUGGUUCACUCCUAUAAGGAAGCUAAUAGAUGUGUGAACGCCCUUGUCAAUACAGGGUGUAGUUUCAGUCCUAGUUUUGUAGUCUUUGACUCAAUGCCAGACUUUUUAAUGAGUCUCUUAGAUGCAGAUGCUAGAGAUCUUUUGACCGCUAGAUUAAUGUGUGUUGUUCGUUUCUUUUUCGGGCCCAAGGCCCUAUCCGUUACAAAAAAAAGUCUAGCGUUUACAUUCAAUUGGUCACUACUCAAACAUUUAAACCCAAAUCACACACACUUUUCAGUAUAG